UGGAUUCCGCGUUGCCGCCUUCAAUUCCAUUCGAACGAAACGAGGAGAAGAGAGAGGAGAGAGGAGAGAGAGGGGUUUGUGUGGCUGCGAGUGGGCCCCAUGUCGACGUCGGCGGCGGCGUCGGCGGCGGCGGAGCAGCAGCAGGAGGAGGGGGAGCACGGGCCGUUCCCCAUCGAGCAGCUGCAGGCAUCUGGAAUUGCUGCUCUGGAUGUGAAAAAGCUCAAGGAUUCUGGUCUGUACACAGUGGAGUCUGUGGCCUAUACUCCAAGGAAAGACCUUUUGCAAAUCAAAGGAAUUAGUGAAGCCAAAGUUGACAAGAUAGUUGAAGCAGCAUCGAAGCUAGUCCCAUUGGGAUUUACAAGUGCGAGCCAACUUCAUGCACAAAGGCUGGAGAUUAUUCAAGUUACAACUGGAUCUAGAGAGCUUGAUAAGAUUUUGGAUGGGGGGAUAGAAACUGGCUCUAUCACAGAGAUUUAUGGUGAAUUCCGAUCAGGGAAGACUCAGCUGUGCCACACGCUGUGUGUCACAUGUCAGCUUCCAUUGGACCAAGGUGGUGGUGAAGGGAAGGCUUUGUACAUUGAUGCAGAGGGAACAUUCAGACCACAAAGGCUGCUCCAGAUAGCUGACAGGUUCGGGUUGAAUGGUGCUGAUGUAUUAGAGAACGUGGCUUAUGCCAGAGCUUAUAAUACUGAUCAUCAAUCAAGACUUCUGCUGGAGGCAGCUUCCAUGAUGAUAGAGACUAGGUUUGCUCUCAUGAUUGUAGACAGCGCGACAGCUUUGUACAGAACUGAUUUCUCAGGUCGAGGGGAGCUCUCAGCGAGGCAAAUGCACAUGGCUAAGUUUCUGAGGAGCCUUCAGAAAUUAGCAGAUGAGUUUGGAGUGGCUGUGGUUAUCACUAAUCAAGUAGUGGCACAAGUGGAUGGUUCUGCCAUGUUUGCUGGGCCGCAGAUCAAACCCAUCGGUGGAAACAUCAUGGCUCAUGCUUCCACAACAAGGCUUGCUCUUCGCAAGGGAAGAGGGGAAGAGCGAAUAUGUAAAGUGAUAAGCUCUCCAUGCUUGGCUGAAGCCGAAGCAAGGUUUCAGAUAGCAUCUGAAGGCGUUGCAGAUGUCAAGGAUUGAGACAAUCUCUGCUCAGUGCUAAGCGCUAACUGGCAACAGCUUCCCAGUUCCCACAUGUGUUGCUCUCCUGCUGAUUGCGCUACCACCCCUGAAGGGUUCAACUGAUGUGAUGCUCCUGUUCUGAAUCCGACAACCACUUAUUGUCGAGUGGAGGUGCACAUCUGUGUCACUGUUGUAGUGUUGUAGUAUAAAACGUUGUCUGCCCUGCAAGGCUGCAAUGCAUGUAAUGUGACAUUGGUUUACAGAUAUUGAAUGAAUUGAAGUAAGUUUUCUGCUGAUUCGGCA